UUCUUUUGUUCUAAAACCAAAUUUGACGGAGUCUGUGAAAUUGGGUAUUCGGGUCGACCCGUAAUACUCUUCCUCUCGGGCAAGACUUGUAAAUGUUGAACCUUUAGUCACGAGUACUCGUCUUUGUCUUUUGUCUGUUUUUGCUUUAAGCUAAGAUCAGUGAAGAGAAAGAUGGGAAGAUGUUCAACGAAGAGGGUGUUUUUGAUUCAGAGUCCGAUUUUGUUUCUUCAUCUCCUGAUCUCCUUAUCGUCCGAACAAUGUUUUCAGGUGCAGUGAAACCAGAUUUGAAAGGAGUAUGUGUUUCUAAAGGAGGGCGGUUUCCGCCUUAUGAAUCAGAAGGAAAGCCUCCUAAAUCUGUUGGUAGAGGAUCCAAGGAUCUUACUCUGUGCCGGGUGUUUCGUAAAAGGACUUGUUGUACUGCUGUUCAGACAAACCCGGCUUUCGUAGCUGUCAGAAACUUGGCUACUUAUGGAGAAGCUAGUCAAGAGUGCUUGGAGUUGUUUGAGUUAUUGGAGUGUUCAAUCUGUAACCCAAAUGUUGGAAUUCAACCAGGUCCUCCUCGUAUUUGCGCCUCGUUUUGUGACAGAGUCUUUGAAGCCUGCAAAGAUGCAUACUUUGCCAGUAAUGCACUUACACGGGUGAUUGGCCCUUGCGGAGUAAACGACGACAUCGUCUGCGUUAAGGCCUCAAAUUGGGAAUCCAAUGGCACAGCAUUCUGUGAAGCAGCUGGUUUUGCUGUUCAAACAAAUCAUGAUUCUAGAGAAAAACCAUGCUACGGAAGCAAAGCAAGUCUAGAAUCAGUAGUGGAAUCAUGGUCAAGAGACUCUCGAAAGGAGACGCCUUUAAAGACUGAGACUUUGUCAUGUUUUAAAGAUCUUCUCCAAUGGGUUCGUGAAAUGACAACGAUUCAAAAGAUUUCUUUGGGAAUGUCGUUUCUUGUAGCAGGAAUGUUCUUGAUCAGGUACUGCAGGCAAUCUAAUAACCGUAAUCAGAAGCAGCGGCUAGCUGAGAUUCAGAGGACCUCUAGAAGAUUGGGAGGGAACGGGAAUGGGAAUUCAUACAGUGCAGCUAUAAAUAGAAGAACAAGCUCUGAUUAAGCUUAUCGAAUGAUAUUUUAAAGCAGUAGUUUGUAAAAGACCAUGAAUUAACUGUUACCAAAAGUAAAGGCUUGUCUCAAGUGGAAAUUUUGCCAAAUGCGACAAGAACUGUGUUGUAUUGUUCUGUCUUUUUAUACUGAUAAAAUUAGAGACAAGUAAA